UUAAUGUGCGUUUUCGCAAAGUUUCAAAAUAUGGCAAUGGCUUUGAGAUUCUUCCACCACUCUGGUUUCUCAACAACCAUAUCUUUUCGAAACCAUCGUUUAGUCGGGAAAAGAAAUUAUUUCCUCCCCCAUCUGAAAGAGGAGAAAGUGGCUGUUCGACUCGCAAAUGCUAGUGAUUUUGACGAGAUUUUAAAGCUGUCUAAGAAGAUGGAGGACACUUUCGACUAUGUCCCCUACAGGUUCCACAAAUGGCUCACGGAGCCCAACAGAUUCAAUAUCGUUGCUGAGAAAGGAUCGAAAGUGGUGGGUUUCAUGGGAAUGAGCGUCGUUGACGGUGAAGAGUCAUUAGUUAUCGAAGGUGGAAGAGUCGAUCCUAAUCAUAGAAAUAAUGGUGUUAUCGCGUUGAUUAUGUCUCUUGGAUUUGAGCUAACCCGUCAGAAAUUCCCAAAGGUGGUUCGUACAAGGUACACAGUCUGGUCUGGGGCUUACCAAGGAGUACAGAAUACAAUCCAAAAGCACAAGCUCAGCGAUAAAGAACUGCAUAACUACGAUUUUUUAACUUACAAAGUUGACCCUGAGCAGAUCAACUUUUCCAACUUUGAACACAAGUUAGAAAACUGCUCGAGCCUUCGACCCUGCCCAAAGGAAGAGUUUCAGAAAAACGUUCUGAAAAACACUGGUACUCUCUCGCUACUUCCUAAUAACAUUCUGGUUAUUGACUGGCAACCGUUUGAAGCCAUGCCAUCCAACAUCGAGCACAUCGCAGAGGACCGAGAUCAAUAUUUUGUCGACUCGUCAAAUGGUUGUCAGGACCAAUUGAAUCCAUUGUCUUUCAGCCUGGGAAGAUUUGUGCAAUUGGUUCGCGGGAUGGUGUGGUCCUCAACGAUCUACGCGAGGGACUCGAGACUUUGUCGGUCUCAGGUGAUCCAUCAGUUGACGAGUGCCUGUCAGACUGCACAAGGAAGCUUUUUAUUCAGCACCUAUCAAGAUCCUUCCCUCACCAAGUAUUGUAAAGAAGCCCUUAGCGACAUUCCAGGUGUUACAAGGAUAAACGAUGAAGAGCCUACACAAAAGAUGUUUAUUUUUGAGGGUAAAUUGGAACCAAAAACAAUCAUAGAAUAGUGUGCAACAGGGACUAGAAAAGCUUUUUUUCCGUAUGGAAGUAGAAGAAUACUUCUCGUGUAUAUAUAUCCUUUGAAAGAAACGUGUUAAAGAUGGCCGUUUUCAUUCUCAAAAAGCUCUGAUUUACUGCAAGUCUCCCAUAUUUCAGAUUCCAUAUAUCCCAUAUGUGUAUUACAUGUUUCCUUAGGUAACUUUGGUUAAAUGUCUUAUAUGUCAUAAAUUCGUUUAUAAUUAGCUUUAGGUUAUCCUUUUUGUAAUAUUCUUAUUAUGUCACCACUUAUUUAUACUCUUGAUUUCAAGGAAGUCUGUACUUGUUUUUGUUCACACUCAAGUCUCCUCGAGAGCUUUAUCUUUUUGGGGAAAUCCAAAGUCAUUAAUUUAGGAUAUGAUGUUGGGUCUUGAAAUGACAGGUAGCGGCUGAGUUCAAGUUUGAUAGCCGUUUAGGACGAUGUCAUUGUAUUCUACCCAAAAAGGGAACAAACACACAUUAAAGGAUACAUUUGAUUUCAAUUUUCUUCCACCAAAUUCCAGUGGAAUGCAUAAUUUGAAUUCGUCCACGUUCUUUUUUUUACAUUUUUCGCUAAAACCCCGAAUAUUGACUGUGGUAAUUUGAGGUAUCCUGGACUAAAACAAUACAUCGCUCAAGGACGUGACGAAUCUCUUUAUUGUGAAUAAUUAGAAAAGAAAUUAUGGCCAAAGCAUAAGUUUGUUGAGCCUUUGACGUCAUGAUGACGUUUUUUGCCGUGCGAUUGCGCGCUCGGCUGGACAUGUCUUCAGGAAUAGCAGACGAUUUUUGGACAGCUCUUAGCGGUAAAAAAUGGUCAUCGAAGGUUUGUUUUGAGGUUUUAUUUGCGGAGAGGGUUUUAACUUGACCAAAUUCAACAUUAUUUUGACA